UGAUGCUGAUUGUGGCAAUUGCAUUAAGAUUUCUAAUCUACCACAAAUUUACACCAGCCGACAAUCGUGUCGCCCUCGCGUCGUGGCCUCGAAACCGGCUCCGCGGAGCGUAUGCGCGCGCGCCGCCCGCCCAGUCGCCAGCCGCCCGCCCCAACGAACACACCAUACCGCAGCAGUUACGGAGGAUCCACGUCGUCAUCAUCUCAUGGACCCGGGUUGAUCUUAAGGCAACAUGUCUUUUCGGAAUUAUUCAUUUGAUUCGUCGUCAUACGGGCGGAACACCGCUAGAGCCAGCACAAGCUCCACUGAACGUCCCACGUCCGUCACCGCCAAAUAUCUCAACACAACGCCCUCUUUUAAAACCUCGAGCAUCCCCAUCCCCAGCACAGAACGUGCCAGAGAUGAAACUCCCAUUUCCGCAAUCGCCAGCCGCUAUGCCAGCUACAGCACCAAGACUGAAAAAGAGAAACCUCCCCCGCCUACCCCCACUGUCUCCAAAUAUGAGAGGAAGGAUUACAAACUCUCUGUGCCACCAGCUGCAACCUCCAGGAGUAGAGAUGUCAGCCCCGUGUCAACGAAAUACGGCCUCACGCGACCCUCUAGACAUUUGAGCCCUGAAAGAAAAACGAAAUCAUAUAAAGAUUUGAAAAGCAGAGACCCCAGUCCUUCGGACCGCGACAAAGACAUUCCAAGCAAGACUGACAAGUCUUCAGGCUACAAUAGCCUGUCGAGUUACAAAUUGUAUCAACGUCCUACACCAACUUAUACACGGCCCUCAUCAAGGGCGGAAACGAAGCCAGAAUCUUCCUACAACACAAAAUCGGAUGUUACAGUAAACAGAUAUGGAAUUUCUAAUCGGUUAUCUAAUAAUUAUUUGAGAAGUCCUCCUACAGUAAAAAAAACAUCUGUUUCGCCUGUAAACCACUCUGAAAAUCCUAAAGCAGAACCUGAGAAGAAAUCGGUGUCACCUUGUACGAUUAUAAAAGAAGAAUCCAAUGCAAAAAAGGUAGUAGUUGAAAAUAAUAAAGAUAUUUUAGGAAAUGGUGUGAACAAUGCAGAAGAAGAAGAUUGUGAAAUGGAAACUGUUACAGUUAUAACACGACAUACAUCACCUACUCCACCUGGGUCUUCGGUUUAUGUGAGAACGAGGAGAGCAGACAUGGCAAAAACUAUAGAAAAGACUAGAUCGCGAAAAAAGAAACGACCCGAAAUGGUAGACAGAGAAAUACAAUCAGAUCGAUUGGAUGAUCCUACUCGUUCUAGUAGAUUUGGUAGCACUGCUCGUGCUAGCACUUUAACAAAUUGGUCUUUAUACACGCCUAGCGCUACUAGUUACACGGGCUAUGCAGGUCGCUACUCUACACAACACUCUAUUCUCCGGGAUAAUUCGACAAAUAACUCCUAUAAUGAUCGAAGUAGCCGAAGUGUGAGCACAGAACCGCACCCAAGAGAUAUAGAAUCUAGCAGCCCCUCUACAGAGAAAAAACUUACGUCUCCUCCUAAUGUAAUUGAAUCUAACCAAGAUAUCACAUUAUAUGGACAAAAUAAAGAUGAUGAAACAUCGGAAAUUAUUAUUAACGUAAAUCUAAAGUUGAAAAGAGCAAAAAGUCCUUUAGCAGUAGCCUCUGCUGAAUUGGUAUCACCUGAAAUCACAAUAACUAAUAGUCAAUUACCGCCACAAGUACCUAAAAAUGAGAGCGCAACUAAACCGAAAAAAGUAAAAGUGCGUAAAACUAGUUCAGAUUCGUCUACAGAUUCGUCCACAAAGAAAAAAGUUAUAAAACGCAAAAGUAAAUCAGGUAGUUCAUCAGACUCCGACCAGACUUCAGAAACAGUAGACAAAUCAAACGAAAACAAAUCGAUUUCACCACCAAAAGGUAUUCAAAAAACUCCAUCAAGUAGCAAUUUAUCUAAUGGACAUAUGAAAUUAAAACAUUCCAAAUCACGCGAAAGCAAUAGUCCUGAAUCAAGUAUCACUUUAUCUACACAGUCGUCGCUGAGUGAAGAAGAUAUGACCCCGAAAUCUAAAACUAAUGAAGUCUCCAGAACAUCAGCGGACGAAAUAUCGAUUCCUACCGACCGAUCAGCAAAACAACAAUCUCCAGCAUCUCACAAAAACGAAGGCGUCACUGAAGAAGCCAAAUCAUUUUUGAUUAGAGCCCUAGCACCUGUCACUAGCUUAUUUAAACGUCACCAGGACAGCAAUGAUAGCCGUUGGUUAGAAACUUCAACCUCAGAGUCAACAGGUAAAGAUGUGUCGAAUAUCACUACAGAAAGUGAAAGGUCAAAAAGUAAAAAUAACACCGAUAACAUUGUAGCUUCUAAUGAUAAUAAUCAAGUCAAAUUAAAAGCUAUAAGGCAUAUAGAAUCUGGAGAAAGAGCGUGGUGGAUGGACUCGGAUUCAGAGAAAAAAAAUACAACUACAAGUGAAAAUCAGAAGUCACCUUCAGAGAAAAAUAUACCCAAAAAAAUAAGACAUAUUGAAUCGGGUGAGAGGGCGUGGUGGCUAGAAUCGAAUGGCGAAAGCAAAAGCGAGAAAUUGCCUCCAACAAAUUGUUCAGACAACUCUGAUAACUUUAAAAUACAAAAGAAAAAUAAAUACGUAGAAGAUGAAAAACCAUGGUGGCUUGACAGUUGCGCAAACAUUCCUGAAGGCAUAGAGCGCUUGACGCCGCCCAGGAAAUCAUCAAGUGAUAGUGAGAAGAGCGAAAAAUUCAACUUUUUCAAAGUGCGACAUAUCGAAUCAGGGGAACAAAAAGAUUGGUGGGCUACAAGUAACGAGAACUCAAGUAACAGCAAGCCUGAACACCCUAACAACUUAAGCAAAUCUAAUUCGAAUCAAAACAGCUUGAGCAAAUCUGGUUCUUGUCAAAACAGCUUGAGCAAAUCUGGCUCGAAUCAGCCCAGCUUCCCUCUGCGACGCAUACGGCACAUAGAGUCAGGGGAACGACCGUGGUGGUUGGCAAGCGAUAAGAACAUUCCAGAAGGGAUCGAAAAGCUACCUACUCCGCCACCUCAAGAAGACAGUGACUCAUCGGAUUCGGACGAAGUCCAGGUGUAUAUACCAUCCGCACAAAUUCCCCCUUUUCCAUUACACCUCGACUACGAGCCGUUGGGCGAUAGAAGAAGUCCAGAAGGUUUAGAGACGCCAAAAGAAACAGAGCAAUACGAAGGUCGUAUGUCUCCCUACGAGAACCAUCGGCAAUUUAGAAGAAGAGGAUCAGGAACGUCGUAUCAGAAGAGUGCGGACAAAUUCGUGUCGCGAUACACUGAUAUCGAUGACAUUCUGGGGACGUCCGGUCAAAUAUACAGGCCAUUCAUGGACAGUAUAUUGGCUCAGCGAGCGGGUCAGAUGCCGUAUGACGACGAGGUGUGCGAGGAGAUAGACCCGACGCAAGUGAGGAUCCACGACAGCACUGCCCAACGACCGGUCAUCAAGAAGCUUCGGAGCCGAAGCGAGAUCAUUGACUGCCGGGACGAAGAUCAGUUGGACGACGCGACCCUGCAGGUGUUCAAAGAUGGCGACUAUGGGCCGUACCUCGACCUGGACUCCACGCUCAACGAGCAAGAUGAGGAGCUGGAGGGCCUGCAAGAGAGUCGGAAGAACGCAAUCAUUCUGCGAACGCAGCUGUCGGUGCGGGUGCAUGCCAUCAUUGAAAGGCUACUCCACUCCCAAGGGAGAGAGCUCCGGAGGGCGCUCUUUACUCUCAAGCAGAUCCUUCAAUCGGACAAGGACCUGGUCCACGAGUUUGUGGCCAACAAGGGCCUGGACUGCCUCAUGCAAGUCAGCAGCAUGGCCGACCACAACUACUUGGAUUAUAUCCUGAGGGCACUUGGACAGAUACUCCUGUACGUUGACGGCAUGCACGGAGUUAUGGCCAACAAGCACUGCAUCCAAUGGCUCUACUCCCUCAUCUCCAGCAAGUUCCGUCACGUGGUCAAGACGGCGCUCAAGCUCCUCCUAGUCUUCGUAGAAUACACAGAAAAGAACUGCCUCCUCCUCAUAGAUGCUAUUAACACCAUAGAUCCUUCUAAAGGCAGACAACCCUGGUACAACGUCAUGAAAAUACUCCAAGAUUUCGACGCCUCAGACACAGAACUAUUAAUUUACGCUACAACGUUGAUAAAUAGGUGUCUGAAUAGCGUCCCCGAUAGGGACAUGUACUAUGACCAGGUUGACGCCCUGCAGGACCAGGGGAUGGAUAAUAUCGUGCAGUUGUAUAUGUCGAAACAAGGGACGGACUUGGAUCUGCUGAGGCAGUUGCAGAUUUUCGAAGCCGUGCUGCUUUACGAAGAUGGAGACGAAAGUGGAACGGCUUUAAAGCAACUAGACGAGUCUGUGAUCAACUCUGUGCAUCGGCGAAGCCUAAACUUGAAUACAUCAGACAGGAGAAAGUCCAAGAAGCAACAAAUGAAGGACAAAGCCAAACAAGCUACCAACGCCGAACCCGAGCCAAGCAUAAGAGAGCCCAAACCACUGAACAAUAUACGACCCUUCCUACCCUCUAUACUCGACAACAAGGAAAACAAAGAACUGACUACAGCUUUAAAAAGAAGACGAGACCGGUUCGCGAGGCAAGCCCAUCACAUAACACAGCAACGAGAAAUGCUAAACAACUCAAAUGGCUACAGCUGUCUCAACGGGAAUCUCACGAAUGGCAGCUACUCUUAUGGAGACUACUCCAACGGAAAUUAUUGCAAUGGGAACGGAAAACCCUACAGCAACGGCAUCAACGGGCACCAAGAAGAAGAAGAGAAGCCCCAUAUAAAUAAUCUGUGCGAUAUACUCAAAAACGGAAACCAAAGAUAUACAGCUGGACUGAAACAAAGAAUACAAAACGGCACCCUAGGCCACAGCGUCACGCCCGCAGACGCUCUCACAGUCAUCCGUCAGAAGAUGGAGUUACCCGUGGACACCAUGGACGACCGAGAAGUGUUACUGAACAGGGAGCACAGCAUCAAAGACCUGGCUCAGCGCCUGACGAGCCCCGUCAGCCCAACCACUGAGGACAAACCUUUGAGAGUGUCUGACAUGGCCGGAAUAGUGUCUAAAGCCAAAGAAGAGUUAGCUAAGUCCCAAUCAAAAGAAGUGAUAAAGACUCCAACAAUAGAGAAAACUCCAAAGCUCCACGAAAUUAAAAUAUCAGAGAACGAUCUCCAUUGGGAAGAAUUGAAAAAGGGAUGUCUUAACAGGGAGUUCCAUCUCUGUGAUCUGGACUUCUCGGAUUUACGUCAGGACACUGACGACGAAAUGUCGUCGCCGGCUACCAACGCGGCCGGUAUCCCGCCGCCGCCACCUCCAGGGAAGUUUCCUCUAGUAGGUGUCCCCCCUCCACCUCCUGGUUCAUUUCCACCAUUCGCGAAGAGCGUUCCUGCACCACCACCAAAGCAUUCACUCUCGGAGAUCUCAAACGAUUCAGAUAGUUCAACUAUCAAGAAGAACAAGAAGACUGUCAAGCUAUUCUGGCGAGAGAUCCAGGAGUGUCCGCCGGCGACGGUCAGGACGAAGAUCGGAGGGUUCAUAUGGGACGAUCUGCCUGAUGUCAAACUCGACACGGCAAUGUUGGAGCAUCUUUUUGAAUCCAGGACUAAUGACUUGAUAAUUAAGGAGAAGCUAAUGGAACCAAAGAGGAACCUCAUACUAGAUGCGAAGCGAUCCAACGCUAUAAACAUAGCAAUGAAGAAGUUGCCCACGCCGCAGACAAUCAAGGCGGCCAUCAUGAAGAUGGACGCCACAGUGAUCGGCAGGGAGGGCAUUGAGAAACUGCUGACGAUGCUUCCCACUGAAGAGGAAAAGGUCAAAAUACAAGAAGCACAGUACGCAAAUCCAGACCUGCCACUAGGCAGCGCAGAGCAGUUUCUUUUGACCUUGGCUUCCAUCAAUGAGCUGUCGUCCAGGCUCAGGCUUUGGGUCUUCAAACUAGACUUUGAUAACUUAGAGAAAGAAGUAGCAGAACCACUAAUGGACUUAAAGCAGGGCAUAGAGCUGCUAAAGAUCAACAAGACGUUUAAGGUCAUCCUCUCCACCCUGCGGGCAGUGGGGUCCUUCCUCAACGGCAGUCAGGUCCGAGGGUUCCGGCUGGAGUACCUGUCCAAGGUCAUGGAAGUGAAGGAUACGGUGCACAAACAUCCAUUGCUGUAUCAUAUUUGUGAGAUGAUCAUUGAAAAGUUUCCGGAUAGCACGGAUUUUUUCAGUGAGGUGGGUCCAGUCAUUCGAGCUUCCAAAGUGGACUUCGAUAUUUUAGCCGCCAACCUAUCCAAGCUGGAGUCCGACUGCAAGGCCUCCUGGGACCACAUGAAGCGCGUGGCCAAACACGACAGCUCGCAGAUCUUCAAGACUAAAAUCAACGAGUUCCUCACAGAUGCUGCGGAGAGGAUCAUACUCCUGACGGUCAUUAAGAAGAGGGUUAUGAACAGGUACACCAAGUUCCUCCUGUUCCUGGGCGUCCCGGCAGCGGACAUCUCCAAGACCAAGCCCUCGGAGUUCCUGAAGGUGAUCGCAGAGUUCGCGCUGGAGUACAGAACCUCGCGGGAGCGCGUGCUGCAGCAGUUGGAGAAGAAGGCGAACCACAGAGAGCGGAACAAAACGAGGGGCAAGAUGAUUAUUGAUGUGGCAAACUAUUCCGCUAAGAACGGUGACCACACGGCCGACAACGCCCUAAAGGAACUCCUGAAGACCGACCCAGACACGGAUAGUCUCACCGAUGGCCGUCGCAAGAUGCAGGUCAAUUCUAGGAGGCGUCUCGUCAAUGGGGACCUGUCUGCCGACGAGGAGAUCAUAGAGAGUCUCGUGCGCUCCGCGACGACGAAGCGCAGGCCCGUGACCCGCGAGAGGCGGAAGAACCGGCUUUCCGACAAGAAAAACUUGAACCGAACGUUGGACGGGAAUUAGGAUAACCAGAGAAGUUCUGUAAAGGUUGCCGGCUUCGACUCAAGAUAGUCGGGGGUUAAUGGUGAUAAAUUAAUUUCUAAAUUUAUUUAUUCAACUAGGGAACCUUGAAUCUCAUUUCCACUCAAUCGUUUUUAUGUAUAAGCAUUUCUUUUGCCUUUAUAUUAUUUAACUUCCUAAGCCUGUGUUUGUUUUGUGACUCUUCGUGAUAUUGUUUUGAAUGAAAUCAGUACGUAUUUAGGGUA